ACAAACCGCAACCUUCAAGAUCAAUACAAAAGAUCAACAUACAUAAACCUGAGAAGUGAUAUAUCAUUACAAACAAACACCACACACACAACACCUCACCAACACAUCCCAGUCUAAAAAUAACAACACCACCACCAACUCGCCCACAUUACUAUUCAUCUACCAAUCAUGGCCACCAUCUCCCACCACCAACAACACCACCACCGCCAUCAUCCUCAUCACCAGCAGCCAGCGGUCCACGAUUCCACAUUCUUCUUCGUCGGCCCCUUCGACGACACCACCUUCUGCCGCGGGCCCCAGCUCCUCAAGCCCAUCGACACCUCUCUCUUUACCAGUCAGAUCGCCGCUCUCUCCAAAAACUCCUCCCUCACCGCGUCGCCCAUCUCAGAGCACGGCGACUUCUUCUCCUCGGAAGACGAGGACUGCGCCGUCCUGGGCGACGAUGAGGCCCACAGCGAGGACGAGCUGCCCCCCUCGCCCAGGCGGCGUCACUCGGGCGCCAUGUCCAUCAGCGAGGAGGAGCUGCCCUUUUGCUACGACAGGGAGUCCCUGCGCAGGGACACAGCCGCGCACCGCGAGAGACACCUGCAGCAUACCAUGAAGGGCCGAGCGUCCACCUUUGCCGCCCACGAGCAGUGGGACAGCGAAGUCGACGGGCCGUCGAUGGCUCUGUGGACCCCCGAAAUGCAGCGCUCAGCUAUGAGCUGCAAGAGGAGACGGGUCGACAAGUCGCAGACGAUGCCUGUCCGCUCGAGCGCCCCAGCGAAGAAGGAAGUGCUACCGCACAGCCACAGCGCAGAGCUGACGGGGCCGAUGAUGGUUUUGUGGGGGGUCUAAGAAAGAGAGGAAGGGAAUGAGGAAUGAAAUGAAGAGACUGAGAGAAAAACAGAAUCUCAAAACGCCUGAUGCGAUGCAUAUUGGAAAACUAGAGGCGUUCGAUCUUGCAUUUCUAACUGGUGACGGAUUUCGGGGAUCAAAUUGUAUGACAGGCGUUGCAAGGCGAGGUUGAACGGGCAUGGACAGGCGUUUGGAACAGGACAUCAUCAUUACCUAUAUGAUCUCCACACAGACAUCAAUACUCAAUUCAGUGUUUACAAAGUA